AUGAGCCAAUCACCCGAUAUUUUCACUCAAGAAAUUCAGCGGCUGAGAGCUGAUUACGAGGAGAAAAAAGACCGGUCCAACCUGGGUUUCGGUGGUGACCGACAGAUAAUCGACCUCAGUUUGGAAACUGUUGAUGGUGUGUUCUGCUACACGUAUUGGUAUGAGGGCCAGUGUAUCCGGCUAGGUGAUAUACCUGGCACCAUCUCUGGCGAUAUCCUUCGCCUAGACCAAAACUUGCCCGUUUCAGUUGACAAUGGCGACUAUGAAAUUAUUGGUGACCAAAUACGUCCGCUCAAGAAUGUACCACCACUCCCAGAGCACGAUGAUGACUCCGAGGAACUUGAUACGAUUCUUGCCUUGCUGCCAAUAGUUGAAGUCGAUUCCAACAAGCAUUUUGUCAAGGAAGGCAAAUACAAGAGUGAGAUCAAGAAUCUGCUUAAAUGCCAAGGUGGAUCCUGCCCAGGGGUGCCGAAAUCAUCCCACAUCAUCCAAUUACUGGGAAGGUCGCCAGAUGGGGAGCUGGUGUUUGAGAAAUUUAAACCUCGCUACGUCUUGGCGAAUAUUUAUCCUCUCGCCACCUACAAAGACUGGAUUCUACAGAUAAUCUCCGGGCUAAGGAUGCUCCAUUCACUUGGGAUCAUCCAUCGUGAUCUCCGCAUCGACAAUAUCGUCUUCUCCUCUGACAUGUCUCGCCUGCUUAUUUGUGAUCUCGAGAGUCGUUGGGGAAAUCGCCUAGCACCCGAGGUUUCUCGCGAGCCGGUGUUAGAUUCUGGCUGGACUGAGAAGUCGGAUAUCUAUGACCUUGGUUAUCUCAUCAAAGGCAUGAUAUACGGGAACGUCCCGUUUACGAACGCGGUGGAAUGGCAUGUCCCCGCCCCUCUAGCUGCCGUUGUGGAGGCUUGCACUCGUAAUAGGCCCGAGGGACGCCCAGGUUUGUAUGAACUUCAUGCUAUGGUUGAUGGGAUCGAGAUAAGUACUUGA